UUGUGCCGUUGGUCAUCCCCUAUUCAACUCCAUUAAAUUUGCAUGCGUCGCCGGACACCAGACUGUGUUUCAAUGACGUCAUUUAAGUUCAGCCCUUUCUUCUGAAGUUAGCUCUACUGAAUAUCGCAGAAUCUCUCUUCGUUGUAAUCCACAACCUUGACAGACAGUCGCGGACAAAUUUUCAGACGAGAGGGCGGCGGCGGUUCCAUCGGGCGCGCCCAUUAAUGCCGUUGUCUGUGUGUGGCGUCAGAGAGAGGACUGCCAUUCGGAAAAUCGUGUUUAGAGUGUUGUUCUGGUCUUUCUGAUCACCUGUAUACUGAAGAUACGAAGCUGUGACGGUCUGCGGAAUUUUUGCUCUCCUCUGCUCGUCAGCGCGUUUCACUUUCAGUUCAACGAGUUCGCCCAAGGGUGAACGCAGCGUACGCUUGGUGCCGUCACGGGGUUGUGAUCUUUUGUGGUUUACGUGCGUCGGAUCCUGGGCAGGCAUUGUUGUGCCAUAUCAGCUGGAUUCCAUCAGCACUUACCAUGAGUAAAAAGUGUGGAAAGUGUGCGAAGACUGUCUACCCAACAGAGGAGCUCAAGUGCCUAGACAAAGUAUGGCACAAGGGCUGCUUCCGCUGCUGGGAGUGUGGCAUGGCUCUCAACAUGCGGAACUACAAAGGAUUCAACAAGCUGCCAUACUGUGAGGCGCACAUACCGAAGCCGAAGGCGACGACGGUGGCCGAGACCCCGGAGCUGGCGCGGAUCGCUGAGAACACGAAAAUCCAGAGUAACGUCAAGUACCAUGCCGAGUUCGAGGCGGCCAAGGGCAAGUUCACCACGGUGGCCGACGACCCCGAGACGCUGCGCAUCAAGCAGAACACGAAGAUCAUCAGCAACGCCGCCUACCACGGCGACCUGGAGAAGAAGGCCGACAUGGACCAGCGGCGCCACCUGACGGGCGAGGACGGCGACCCAGCCGCCUCCCAGCCCGCUAUCGCGCCGCCGGCCUCGCGCGCCGACAAGCCGCCGGCCGCCGCCGCCGCCGUCUCGCACGCGCACGCCGCCCGGCUCAGCAACAACAACUACGGCGGCGCCGGCGUGUCGCCCCACUCCGCGCGCGGCUCGCAGGCCGCCACCACCAUAUACACGUCCCAGCACGGCGCAGUGAACGCGCCGCCUGCCCAGCGCGUCGGAUCGAUUCAGGAGUACGACCCGGUCAACGACCAGUACGGCUCGCUGGGCUCGCGUUACGCCCAGCAGGCUCCGCAGCAGCAGCACUACCAGCAGGCGCCUCCGCAGCAGUACCACCACCAGCAGCAGCACCAGCAGCACCAGCAGUACCAGCCACAGCCGUACCGGCAGCCGCAGCAGUAUCAGCAGCAGCCACAGCAGCCGUACGGCGGGUAUCAGCAGCAGCAGCAGCAGCAGCAGCAGCAGCAGCAGUACGGGUACCGGCAGGACCACGGCGGCUACCGUUCUCAGCAGCGCUGCUACCGGGCCAUGUACGACUACGACGCGGCCGACCUCGACGAGAUUUCGUUCCGCGACGGCGACCUGCUGGUCGGCUGCCAACCGAUCGACGACGGCUGGAUGACGGGCACGUGCCAGCGGACCGGCCAGCGCGGCAUGCUGCCCGCCAAUUACGUCGACCCCGUCGACCUGUGAGCCGCACCGGCGCCGCAGGGGUCGGGGAAGG